UCAAAGCCCCCUGUUUUGAGCCGAACAACGGGCCGUCGUCAUUUUCAAAAAAGUCCGGCAGCAUUUCCCGCUCCCCCACCGACCAUUUCCCGCUCUUCCAACAAUCACCCUUUACUGUUAUGAGACAGAGCUGCGAAAGUUGGCUUUGUGCUCACCACGCGGCUGCGUGCAGGCGGGAGGGGAGAAGAGAGAGAGGGAAGAGAAAGAGAGAGGGCUUCCUCUCCCCCAACAAUCCGGAUCAUUUUCCCGCUUGCCUAACGAUCACUCUUCCAACCACGAGGCAGGAGAAGAGAGAGAGGGACAGACAGUAAUGGAGGACGACGGCUUCAUCUCCCCGCCGAAGGAACUACGCUGCAGGAGGAGCGACGGAAAGUCGUGGCAGUGCCGCAACUGGCGGAUCCACGGGCAAUCGUACUGUCAGGAUCACUACCUACAGAUAAGAAGGAAGCAGGCGAAGAAAAAGGUUUGGGCUUGCGAGCCCAAGGUCGUUAAGAUGGUAAGUGGGAAGAAGAGAAAGCGCAGGAGGAAUACCGGUGAUGGUAGAGCGCAAGGCAUUACGAUGAUCGAGGACUCUGCCGGCAAAAGGGAUAAGCAGAAAAGGGGCAGGAAACGAAAGAAACUGAAGGCUGCUGACGAGGGCGAGAAGGUCGGGUCAGACGUAGCGUCUUCGAGUUCGAGUUUGAAUGCAAAGACGAUGCACCAGAGCGACGACGGCAUGAGAGUAGCCCGAGCUCAGGUGAAAGAGGUCUCCAAAGUGGCGCUGACAGAAGUUUCUGGAGUUAAGCGUGUGAAGGCUAAACCAGGGCACAGUAACAUGUGCCAUCAAUGUCAGAGAAACGAUAAGGAGAGGGUUGUCCGUUGCAAGAACUGUAAACGAAAACGCUACUGCAUUCCCUGUGUAAGAAACUGGUAUCCUAGGAUGUCAGAGCAUGAAGUUGCAACGUGUUGUCCUUUUUGUCGCGGAAAUUGCAAUUGCAAGGCAUGCUUGAGAACCGAUGGAAAACUGAAUAUCAUGGGUUCUCUUGGAAAACAAAGUCCAUGUGAUAGAUCUCUGUAUGCCCGAUACUUAGUGGGUGUGGUUCUUCCUUUUUUGAGAAAAAUGAUACAGGAACAGAACACUGAGAAAGAGCUAGAAGCAAAAUCUCAAGGAGUUCCAUUGUCUGAGCUGCAUUUGCAAAAGACGGUUUGUCCCAGUGAUGAACGUUUAUAUUGUGACAACUGUAAUACUUCUAUCGUGGAUUUGCAUAGAAGCUGCCCAAAAUGUCAAUAUGAUCUUUGUUUGAAUUGUUGCAAAGAAAUACGUGAACGGCAGUUAAUUAGUGAUGGUGUCACAACAUCAUCCAAUAAGUCUACAUCUCCAGAAGCUGAUGGACAUGAUAAAAAUCUUGUUUCCGAGGAUCUCUUGGAGGAGGAAAAACCAGGUGUAAGAAAAUCCUGUUCUGACCAUGGAGUUCCUUGUCCUCCAAAGCAAAUGGGUGGUUGUGGUGGUUGUCUUUUGGAGUUGAAGCAUAUUUUCCCUGAAAAGGAAGUCGCUGAGCUGCUAAGAGAAGCUGAAAAAAUACAUGAUAGCAGUGGAUUAUGUCUGCUGCCGGAUGUUUCUGCUCAAUGCCGAAUAUGUGGAGAAGUGGACAAGCAAGCUGCUGAUGGGAAGAAAGAAGUUAGAAAAGCAGCUAGGAGGGAUAAUUCUCAUGACAACUAUUUGUAUUGCCCUGAUGCAGAUGGCCUUUGUCAUGAAAAUCUCAAGCAUUUCCAGUGGCACUGGAGGAGGGGUGAGCCUGUGAUAGUACAGAAUGUUCUCAAUAUGGCAUCUGGGUUAAGCUGGGAACCAAUGGUUAUGUGGCGUGCUAUUCGUGAAGUGCACAACUCCAAGGGCACAGCCCACCAUAAAGUGAUGGCUAUCGACUGUCUUGAUUGGUGUGAGGUUGAAAUAAACAUUCACCAAUUUUUUAAAGGUUAUAUGGAGGGUAGAACACACAAGAAUUCAUGGCCAGAAAUGCUGAAGUUGAAGGAUUGGCCUCCUACAAAUUUUUUUGAAGAACGCUUGCCACGCCAUGGUGCAGAGUUUAUCAGUUCCUUACCAUUUCAAGAGUACACUAAUCCAAGGUUUGGUAUCCUUAAUCUUGCUGCAUGCCUUCCUGAGGGGAUCCUGAGACCUGACCUGGGGCCAAAAACUUAUAUUGCUUACGGAUUUGAUGAAGAGCUUGGUCAGGGUGAUUCUGUGACUAAACUUCACUGUGACAUGUCUGAUGCGGUGAAUGUGUUGACACAUACAGCACAAAUGACACUGAGUGAUAAGCAGCUUUCAAAAAUAAGAAGACUUAAAAAUAAAUUUGCAGAAGAAAAAGGAGAGCAAGUAAAAGAUGGUAGAAGAUCUUCCUUUUCUAAAGAUAUCUGUGCUUUGGACAUGAAUGAACACCAGUGUGUCUCUGAUAAGCAACCAUUAGAGGAGGGUACUAAUGCCUGUGAGAAAUGCCAUAAAGCAUUAGAUUCAGGAAAAGUCCAAAAUGAUGAGCAUGCCGUUGAUGUCUCUGCGCUAGAUGUUAACAUGGAUGACAGCUGCGUCAAAAGGAUUUCUAAGCUUUCUGAAAAGUCGGAUGAGGUUGAAAUGAGUCGUUUUAUGCAAUGUGGUAAGCCUGAUGGUUCAGACAGUGAAGUAGAUGCGAAGCAUGAAUCUGGUGGUGCCCUGUGGGACAUAUUUCGUAGGGAAGAUGUUCCAAAGUUGGAGGCAUACUUAAGACAUCACUCAAAGGAGUUUCGACAUGUUCAUGGUUCUCAAGUUGAAGAGGUUGUUCAUCCAAUUCAUGAUCAGACCUUCUAUCUGAAUCGAGCUCAUAAACAGAAGCUGAAGGAGGAAUUUGGGAUUGAGCCUUGGACUUUUGAACAAAAUCUUGGAGAAGCUGUCUUUAUUCCUGCUGGUUGUCCACAUCAAGUUAGAAAUCUUAAGUCGUGUAUCAAGGUUGCACUGGAUUUUGUUUCACCAGAAAAUCUGCAUGAGUGCAUUCGCUUAACCAAUGAGUUUCGAUAUCUUCCGAAGUGCCACAGGGCAAAAGAAGACAAAUUAGAAGUGAAGAAGAUGAUUUUUCAUGCGGUUAGAAAAGCACUGAAGGAUAUGGAAGCAUGUGACGAUCAAGCUGCACGCUCCGCGACUAUUAUCAAGGUGGAAACAGUGGAACCGGAUGAAGUGCCUUCAUCUUCUAUAGCUAAUCGCCCCACAUCUCCAUCUGUGAAAGAGUCCCCACCACUUCAGCCAUUACCUGCAUCAUCAGGGAGCACUUGAUUUUGGCAUCAGCUAAACAAUACCAGAAAGUGGUGGCUUUUCAUCAUGUUUCGAUUCCUUCAUUGAAGAGAUUUUGUUAAUAGCGCAUACAUAUUCAUGCAUCACUCGUGCAAAUCAUCUGAAGCCAGUUUUUGUUAGGUUAUUUCUUCUCAAUUUCAAAUCAAUUGGUUUUGAUGGUAUCUUUAGAUAUGUGACAUGCAUAACCACAGAUCGUUUCAGUCUUGAAAUUUAGGAUGUAUGUGUUUGUUGCUCUCUGCUGUUUCCCACGGUAAAUAUGAGUAAUUUCCCUACUCUUUUUUUGGUUUA